AUGGAGGUAUUCUUUGGCAAUGCAAUCUUGCACGUUUUGUUGCUACACAAAGGUCCGAUUUUGGAAAUCGUUGUCUGUAUGGCUGAUACGUAUAUCUUCAAUGAGUUUAACCAGAUUAUACUUCAUCUUUCAAGGAGCAAUAACCUCAAGAUAUUCAUCUUUGAGAUUUGGUCACCUAAUAGUCGCUACAAGCUACCCUCUUUGUUCUUUUCAUUGCAUGGAUUAGAACACUUAGAUCUUACAGAUUGUGUAUUUGAGCCUCCAUUGUUAUUUAAUGGAUUUAGUAUGUUGAGGAAGUUGAGGUUUCAUAAUGUUGACAUCACUAUCAAGACACUUCUACGAUUCCUUACUGAUUGCCCCCUACUUGAGGAGUUUACCAUGAACUUGGUUGAUCUUAAAGACUAUUCAGGCCUCAACUUGGCUCAUCUUAAAGAAUUUGAGAUGACAAGUUUCCAUAACUAUGCUCCAGAGAUGGAGUUUUUGAAGCUCAUCACGACUAAGUCAUCUCUGUUGAAGGAAGCACAAAUAGAGCUCAAUACAUCUGGUUCUGAUGAGGAAAAAGUUCAAAUGUUUCAAGAUUUGCUACAAAUGCCAUUUCUACAUGCAUCACUACCAACAGAAUUCAUUAUCGAACGCAUUUAA